AAUGGAUAUUACUCGUUCAUGGAAGCAUCAGAGAUAUGUGCAACUCUACCCAAACUGGAUCGUUACAAGCAUUUACAAAAGAAUUAUGGCCAGCUUGCUCAGGCAAAUGACUUAUUCGAAUGGGCAUUUCUAACUGCGCAGGCACUGGAAAACAAGUAUGAAGAGCUGUUUGUUGGUGUUCGCUACAGGAAAAACAUCGGUUUUGAGCGGAUAGACAAGUUGCGCGUACGUUUGGCGCCUUGGGGUAUUGAUGAACCAAGCUUGCAAAAUGGUGAUUGUGUGGUGCUGAAAAUUGGCAAAGAUGGUCCGACGUGGCACAUGGAGGAUUGCACAAGGCGGAAACAGGUUGUGUGCCGCCUCACAAAAGGCAAAUGGAAUAUAUUUGCAGAAGAACCGAUGACCGAGAUACCGCAUCGGGUGCGAUGUCCAGAGGGGAAGGAGGACUGGAUCCUCGGGAAGACGCACUGUUAUUAUUUAGUUAGCAAUGUCUCAAUGAUCAGCUCCGGCUACAAGGCAGAUCACGAUUGCUUCAAGGUAAACAGCUAA